UUAGCUUCAAGUGUAACUCUGAACAAGCACCACUUCUUACGGAGAGAGAUAAUCACCAAAACAAAUUGACCAAAGUUACCAAAAGGGUUUGCCAUUUGAAGCAGUCAAACAAGUAUUUGAAUCAAAGUUGAAUUUUCCUUCCAUUCAUUGAAAGUGUUUGUAAUUUUAGCCCAUUUUCACUUGCCUUUACCUUAAAGAGCGGAAAGCUUAUUAGUGGGGGUUUAGGGGCCACUAUCAAUGAGGCAGAUCAAUUUGAGAAUCAACAUAAAGUGUUUUUGUUUGUAUUUCCACUACUUCAAUAUAUAUCAUCUCAUGUGAAAAGUUGAUCAAGUAUUUUACGCCAUGGGUGGUGUCUUCUACCAUGAAGAGCCACCAAACCAUACCAAGAGAAGCAAAUUCCUUGGAGAGGCUUUGAAAGAAGUAUUUUCCCACUGUCAAGCUUUUGGUCGAAGGCUUUCAUCUGCAAGCCUUGAGGAGGAGUGUCCCAUCAUUGAUGAUGUUGAUGAGGAACAGGAAGUGGUUGUCUCAGCAGUUAGAAGCCGAGCCAUGGAAAAACAAAAGCACAAGGCAAGCCCAUUGAGAGAAGGUUUUUCCUUUGCAUAUUCUCCUGCAACAAGGGAACUCUAUGUGACUCACACAAUGGCACCACAAGCAAGGGUGGUGGUAGUAGGUGAUCAUGAAGAACACGAUGAAAGGGAAGAGUUUUUGUCAGUUAAAAGUUGUCUCUCGUGCAAUUCUUCGAGUGCUGCGAGUGGAGAAGCAUUCUAUUCUGUGAAGACAAACCUGUCUAGAUAUUCAAGCAUGAAUGAGGUUGACAUGUCAGAAUAUUGGAGGCGUUCGAUAAUUCAAGAGUUUUGCCACUGUGAGGGGUGGCCUUUUGGGCUGUGCCGUAAGGCUGUGUUGCUUCCACCACUGCCUAAGUCACCCUCUGAGUCAUGGUUGUCGCGUAAAAUGCAACCAAGUACCAAAGUUACCUGAAUGUGUUUUGCUUCUUUUUAUCUUGUUUUGUCAUUCCCUGUUCCAAUGAUAUCUGGACUUGUAAGAGAACUUGGUUGAAGAUUAUAGAAUAAUGGGUAGCUCAAGCUUCAUAUAUAAACUAUUUCUAUUGGCUAAUAUUUGAUU